CUGUGGAUGUGAAAGGAUUUGUAUAACACAUUCAGUUUUGAUGGACUUUCCCAUGUUCAAUCCAGACAACCCUUUUUGUUGACACGUUCAAAUAAUGAAUCUGUUAUGUGUAUGGUCCCUUUUUCCCUCCUGCUCAUGAGUUCUGUUUCUAGUUGUCAGGUAGGGAUGCUGUGCAGACCACUACAUCGUCUGUCCCAGGCUUAUGGAGAACCGCUCACUUGCUGGCUGCCAGGAACCAGGGUGCUGAAAUGGAACAUAUAUUUGUCAUUUUUUUAAUGUUUAGUAAGGCCUUUUCAGUUGGAGCUCAAUUCAAUGGAUACAACUGUGAUGCAAAUUUUCACAGCCGCUUCCCUGCUGAGAGAGAUAUCAGUGUAUACUGUGGGGUCCAGACCAUUACCCUCAAGAUCAAUUUUUGCCCUGUUCUCUUCUCUGGCUACACUGACACCGACCUAGCCCUUAAUGGUCGCCAUGGAGACGCCCACUGCAGAGGCUUUAUCAAUAACAACACCUUCCCCACUGUUGUAAUCUUUAGCAUCAGCCUGGCAACACUUGAGUCCUGUGGUAAUUCUUUGGUGGUGUCAACUGCUCAAGGACCCAAUGCUUAUGGGAACCUUUCCCUGGUGCAGAUUGGAAACAUAUCAGGGUAUAUUGAUACACCAGACCCUCCAACCAUCAUCAGCUACCUGCCAGGUCUGCUGUAUAAGUUUAGCUGCAGCUACCCAUUGGAAUACCUAGUCAACAAUACACAGCUGGCCUCGUCAUCAGCUGCAAUCUCAGUGAAGGAAAGCAAUGGCACUUUCAUUAGCACGUUGAAUCUCCUGCUUUAUAAUGACUCAUCAUAUAUUCAGCAGUUGUCCAUCCCAAUGGCAGGACUGACCCUGAAGACACGCAUAUUUGCAGCUGUAAAAGCCACUAAUCUGGAUAGAAGAUGGAACAUUCUAAUGGACUACUGUUACACCACACCUUCUGGAAAUCCUAAUGAUGACCUGCGUUACGAUCUUUUCUUUAGUUGUGAAAAAGACCCCCAGACCACAGUGUUUGAGAAUGGGAAGAGCCAGAUGGGUCGUUUUGCCUUUGAAGUAUUCCGCUUUGUAAAGCACAAGAACCAGAAGAUGUCCACUGUCUUCCUACACUGUGUCACCAAGCUGUGCCGAGCAGAUGAUUGUCCAAUGCUGAUGCCAAUCUGUGGCAGCAGGAAAAGGAGAGAUUUCUCUGAGGGAAAGGGAUCAAAUGCUGCAUCUGGAAACGCCAUCCUGACUGCUGGGCCUAUCAUAACUCGGAGUGAUGAAAUACCAGCCAAUAAUUCUCAGCUGGCCCAUCUUAAAGCUCCAGUGUUUCACACAAAUACAAUGACCAUCGCACUCAUCUCAGGCAUGAUCAUUCUGGGUGUCAUGUGCCUAUGCUUCUUCAUCAUGUCCCUCACCCUUCUGAAAGGCAAGAGCGCUCCAGUCGGCACCCUGUCAGGAGUCCGAAACCUAACCUUCAACUGAGUACCUGAACUCACACAUUUCUCAUCAGUUCAAUGCUAACCAAGAAUGCAGAACACACGCUGUCUGUGCAUGUGGGCAUCAAAGAAUUUAACUGUUGGAAAAAAAAAAAAAACCUGUUACCAGGUCUGUACAAUGAGUAUUAGUGCAGGAGUUAAGUAAAACUGGGUUUUGUGUUCCUAUCGCACAAAAAGCUAAGCCUCAGCCUGCAUAUUUUUCAUGCAGCUUUAACCCAUUAGUGGGGAUACUAAAAACUUACUGCAAUACCUCAGCUAUACAGUUUUCAUUGCAGGGUACGGGAUCAAUUAUAUGGCUUUUAGUGCAUUAUAUAGUGUAUAAUAAACAUAGCAUUUCCUGAGAGAAAUGAUAGAUAUUAGAGAGAUGGAUUUACUUAAUCAUUUAUUAGGAGGUUUUUUUCCCCUAAAUAUGUAUUUCAAUCGCUUGCUUUAAAUAUUUUUAGUUACUGUGUUAGCAAUAAACUUGAUUGUUAAGGAUAUUUUGUACAUGUGCUACCUUAUGUAUAACUUUUCCUGAUAUGUGGUUAAAAUGCAACUUGAUUUGUUCACGAAAUGUACAAAUUGUCUUCAAACGUCCAUGUUGCUAAUACUGCACCUUGACUUGUUAUUAAAACAUACCCAUUUGCAUAUUUCUAAACAUAAACUAUACAUUGCCUCUUAAACACU